ACGAGACAAAAUGAAUUACCGACGCCCUGGAGACGUAGUCAAACGGCGCUUCUUACUGCGUGGUGGUGUCUAUGUCAGGUGUGAGGGUCAGGUGGGGACUGGCUGGAGAUUGAACCCGGAAGCGAAGGUGCCAGUGGCAGCGCCAGGCGGUGUCGUGGUUCGGUUCGGGAGAGCGUCUGAGGCGGGUACGCGUUAGAGAGAGGCUUGGGGAAAAGAAGAUAUGUUCAACUUUUUCCGAAAAAGCCAAGACUCUAAGAAGGUGUCAUUACCAGAAAGAGAGGCAGAUGGAUUUGUUCUUUUGGGAAUGUCCAGUAGUCCUGACAGUGGAAGGUAUCAUUCCUUUAUAGAUGGAAAUUCCUGGUCUAGAGUGAUACAAUUAAUGAACAGAGAAGAGCAUCUAAAGAUAAAAAUGCAUUUCCUGAGACAGAACCUACAUACAGUCAACCUGUUCAGGAUCAUGGUUUCUACAUUGGUAUAUUUGUCAGUGUUCACAAUUCCAAAUACAGAAAAACAUUCACAUUUGACUGUAGCGGGUGCUGAGGAGGGAAAUGAGAGUCAACAUUUGGAAAGCAAUCAUUUCAUGUCAGAAUUCCUCAGUGAUGUACCCUUCACCCUAGCACCCCAUGUGCUAGCAGUACAGGACACCUCUAAUGGCCUUCCAGACCAAUUGCUCUCCUACAACAUCAAUGAUAAUUUAUCAAGAUUUUGGUAUGAUUUUACACUUGAAAAUUCAGUGCUUUGUGAUUUGUAAUAUGUCUUUAUCUUUCUGUCCCUUUGAAUGUGCACUGUGACAACUUGAAGAUAAUUACACAAAUAUUUUGUUUUGUAACUUAACUGCUUAAAUGUUUUUGUGGUAUGCCAUUUAUAUAACACAUGCAUAAAAACUAAAAUAAUUAAAAUCUCAUACUGUUUUAUUCCUUAACAUAGCAUCUUACAUUACACUUAAGUAACUUUUCAGAAAUACUGAAUUUGUUCCUAAAAUAGGUAAGCAGAACUAUUAGUUUUGUUUAAUCCUGAGUAAGAGAUCCAUCUGUUAAUGCAUUAAUUGGUGACAAUUGGUGUCAAUAAGUGGAUUGUAAAUGCACACAUUUCAUUAUUCUUACCUGUCAUGUCAUAGACUUCUGCAGCAUUUGAUAUUUUACUCUGAUGCCACAAAUGCAAAGCCUGUUGUACAUAUUUCUUUUUAGACUGUCUUUGCUUUUUCCAGGGAUGGAAAUGAAUGCUGAUUGUAAAUGAAGUCAUGCUAUUUUGCACUGUAAUAAGCAACUGAUGCUCCAGUCUCAAAUGCUGCUUUUUAAACCUCUGAAGAAAGUUUACAGGUUUAACUUUGUUAGUAUGAUUGAGUAGAUUUUACCAUACUCAAAACAUAAAGCUAGUCAGCUUCUCCUUUUUCCAGUAGACCUUGCUGUUCAUCUUACCACGUCACUUCAGUCUCUCUUUCUCAAGGGUUUUCUCUCUAACUGCCCUGUUUUUUCUCAUUGCCACAUGUGUUCCUGGUUUAUGCAUAGAUCAGUUUUUCCUUUUUAACCUUUGUGCCCCCGAAAGAAAGAAAUCUCAGGAUAUGUACUUUUAAUGGUCAUACCCUUGUUUUUUUAAUUGUGGCCCAAAGAUACAGAUGGCAGUGUUUAACUACUACAAAACAUUAAAUUGUUCCAUACCCAACUAAAUACCUAAAAAUUCAUUUCAAGCCUUGAAUAUGCAUAUUUUAUUAUAGCUAAAACCUAACUAAAUUGCUGUUGCCCAAUGAACUGCUCACUGAAGUCUUUUGUAGUGUGUGUAAAUAAUUCUCUGUGCCAUAUGCAAGAUUAAAUUUGUUUUGACUAUCAGGAAAAAAAUAUAUUUACUGUGCCAACUGUAAGUGGGUAUUUUCAUAAGAAAUGUGUGACAUGGGAUAUUUAAAAACAUACAUACAGGUUUUCACAUUUGUGUGCUUUUAAGAUGUUUGGGAUAAUAAAUACCACAAACGAUAGAGAAGCUAUGUUGUAAUUACAUUUUGGUUUGUUAAAAUGAUCAUAUUUUCUCAGAUUUUUUUUCUGGAAAACCUAUGCAUUUCAUUAGUUUGUUUGCAGUCUGUAUCUGUUAAGUUUAUAAAUAUGCUUUGAGCUACUUGUUUUCAGGGAAAGUAUCUAUAUUGCACUUAAAUAAAAGCUGUGGUUAAAUAAUA